AUGCCUGGAGGCUUAGCGCCCUUGGUGGUGGCUGCCUCUGUUGUUCUCGUCCUCGUCGUCUCGCAGAUCUCAAGUCUUGAUGCUGCUUCCUCCCUCCUGCAGUUCGCUGGCUACUACCGGCGUCCAGUAGGCGUUCGGCCUGUGCCGGUCAUGAGCGCGCGGGAUCUGGCGCUGCUUCAGAGAAGUUACAUGGCGUACAAGACUGCGAUCGAGAACGCGAGGGCGACAGAGGCGGAGAUCCGGAGGCUCAUGACCUCUUACAAAAAGUUUCACCGGACUAGGAUCGACCAGGAUGACAGCCCUCUACAAGUGUAUCAGCAGAGAAUCACGCCGGUAAGGAUCCGUUACGUCCGUCAGCUUGUUCGGCCUGCUGCUGCUGUCGAUCGCAUCGCUGCCCAGGCAUGGGAGGAAAGCCAUGCUCUACUGAAGAAGUUGCAUGCUGAGAUAGAAGAGGAGCAGGACAAGCUGGCAAACAUGAACAAGCAGACCCAGAAUCUUGCUGAACAGCAUGAGGAGAUCAGACAGUCUCUUUCAAACUUGCUCUUCUCUUCUCGAUCGACUGCUCAGCAGAUGGAGAACCUUCGCGACAUAUACGCUAAACAGGUUUCGAAGGUUCAGGGCGAGCUGCGAGAUGCCGAGCAAGAGCGACAGAAGGCUGUGGAAGCCGCGAGGAAGAGAAGCGACGUGGCUUGGGGAGUCAAAGCUCGGCUGACGGACCAGCUUGCUCGCGCCAUUGCAUCUUCCAACCACUACGAUCUCGAGGUCGAGCAAGCCAAGGCGUACAAGAGCCUGAUGCGCAGUCAAGCUGGACGAGCGGCCGGUGAAGCUCAAAAGGCGAAGAAGCAGUUGGAGGCAGCGAGAGAGUCGGCAGCCAAGGCUCGCGAGGAGGAGGAUGAGGCAGUUGCUCAUCGCAGAGUAGAUGAGGUGAAAGCCAAGGCGAUCCAACGAGCAACGUGGAGGCGAGACGUCGCUGGCGAGAGCCUAGCGAGGGCCAAGGCGAAGCUCAUGGAAACUUCCAUGUCGGCAAAGGUGCAGGUGGCGAUGGCCGAUGAGGCUAAGGAGGAUGCCAAGAAGGCUGCAGAGGAGGCGGAGCGAGCGAAACAAGCCUACCAAGAUCGCAGAGCUGCUCUCGUUCACAAGGAAGAAGAGAUCAUAGACGCCAAGCUGUAUGCGCAAGAAGCGGCAGCAGAGGAGGAGCUUUAUGGCAGGAAAUUGGCAGAGGCCCAGGCAGACCUGGAGAGGGUGAUGAUGGCUCGAGAGGAGGCGGUGAACGCAUCCCGAGGAGGGCAGGAGGCGGUAGGGAUGGCGGCUCAGGAGACGAGCUUGGCGAUGGCCCAGGCCGAGUGGAAGGCGAAGGCGCUGGAAGCUGAGAUAAGCGCCCUGGAGAAGGAGGUGGAGGAGAGCAGAGCAGAGAUGCAGAAAUCUGCUGCCAAGGCCCACGGAGCAGAGGAGGAGAGUGCGGAGAUGCAGAAGAGGAAGGAGGACCUGCUCGAACAGAAAAUCUUCUCCAACGCUUCCGCUGCAGCUGCCGUCAACGAGUUGUCUCUGGAGGAAGAGAAAUCCUUGGCGCUGCUGCAGAGGGCGGAGCGAGUGGAGGAGGAGGCGGCGGGGAAGAAGGGAAGUGCAGAGGCUCUUUUGAAGACGGUCGAUGGCCUUGCUGGCCUUGCCCGACACGCUGCUGCAGCUGCGCAGCCACCCAUGGCGUUUGUGGCUCCUCCUGUCGCCCAGGCGUCUGGGAAGCAGACUAUAGACAUCCAUGUCAUCCCGCAUGCGCCGGUGCUCGGGCCGAUGGGAGAGGAGGGGAUGUUUGCCUUCGACUCUACGGACAACGGAUCCAAGAAGCUGAGAAAGGCCGGACUAAACGUGUAG